GAAAGAAUGGGAAACAGAUUGAUUAAGAAAAAUAAAGAGUGAGAUGCAGGAUGAAAGAGAGGUGGAGAAGAGGGAUUAAAAACGCUGUAGCGAGCAUAUGGAAUACACAUUAGCGCUGUGGGGGAUCUGCCCUGCUAGUAAUGAAUAGAUGAGACUGUCUUAAGAAAAGAGGAGGGUAUCCCCGUUUCGUUUCUACUUGGCCACCCCUCUAGCCCUUUCUGCUGUAGGAAAACACCCGUGUUACCUUUUAAGCCCUAUGCUCUAGAAAAAUAUCCUGGCUUAAUGCAGUGUUACACCUUGUAAUUCGUUUCCACUUUUGCUUCCCAUCUGUCCUAUAUACCAAUUCCUCCGGUGCUGUCAUCAGACACUUCCAACGAACGCGUGUGCAGCUCUGGCAGAGCCCAGCUGAGAGCAGAGUCACUGUAGGUGGGCGCAGGAGGCAGAAUUAAACGGUGAUACUCGAUACCUGGAACAAGGCGACCGAGGAGCCCUCGCUCCUUGCACUUGGCCGGCACCUGGAUCUGUAGCACAGUCUGCCAGAGGAAACCGCAUACACCGCGCUAAGAGUGUGAUUAGAAAAGCUGCUGGGCAGAUGGGGAUGCUGUAGGACAACCAGCCGGCUUGGGAGCAAACACAACCCAGCAACUUCCCCGAGAUGUGUACAGCCUCCUAGUGCGAUCGCCUGUAUUCAACCGAGAAAGGGACACCAACCCAAUCAGAAGUCUCUUUGAUUUUCUUGAGAACGAUUGGAGUUGUGGGAAAUGCCAUGCAGCCCUGUCACUUCUCCUCCCCCUUAUAGGCAAUGAGUUGACUCCAAUACCCCACUAUAAACAAAGUGCUUUUGCCCAGGACAGGAGCUAUUUGUUACUGACUAGUUGACACUGUUAGCAGAAUCCUCGGUGGGGAGGAUUUCUUUGAGCUGCUGGAUGUGCAUCUUUAUCCUGAAUAGGGCACACUUCCAGAGGUGACAGCAAUAGAGAUUUUAAAGGUACUCCAGUGUUCGUGGGAAAGAUGGGAUCAGUUGUAAAGCUCCGGGUCCGAGAACGGAUCUCCGAUCUUCUCUCCUUAGCGUGUUGAUCGCUUGAUUCCACGGAGUUCUAGGAUGUGCUUGUAUGGCUGUGGACUUUGAACGAUAAUACAAUACAGCUUCUAUAUCAGCUCUGGGAUCAGAGAAGACACCGGGAUCAUGAGGAACGGCAGGGGGCUCCAGGAUCAGUGGGCUGAUACAGUGGCCGUUAGACCCAGAACAACCGAAAGGCAAAUCACGGUGCACAGAAAGCUAGUGCUGGGCUUUGCCAUCUCUAUUCUGGCUUUGAUCGUAGUCACUAUCAUCGCAGUCCUGCUUAGCGUUAGGUUUGAGGAAUGUAGCGAUGGCUCCGGUAGGAUUAUUAACAGUAGCACCCUGGAAGCAGCCAGGUUCAACCAAAAUCUAGAGGCAGGAAAGGAUGCUGGGGAUGGGAUCAACCACUUACCAGGGAGGGAUGCAGAAGAAGAGUGGAAACCCUGGACAUUCUUGAGGCUACCUACUCACCUGAGACCCUUACACUACAAUCUGAUGAUCACUGCCUUCAUGGACAACUUUACUUUCUCUGGAGAGGUUAACGUGGAGAUUGAGUGUCUGAACUCCAGUAAAUAUAUUGUGCUUCAUGCACACAGGUUGUCUGUGGAAAAGGUACAGGUGGCAGAAGACAGGGUUGCUGGGGAUGUGAAAGUUGCGAACUAUUUUUCUUACUCUCCUAAUCAAGUGUUAGUGGUGGUUUUAAACAGGACUCUGGAUGCCCAGAAAAGUUAUAACCUGAAGAUCAUUUUCAACGCUAUUAUUGAGAAUGAGCUCCUGGGCUUCUUCAGGAGCUCUUAUGUACUACAUGGAGAGAGAAGGUUCCUUGGUGUCACACAAUUUUCUCCUAUUCAUGCCAGAAAAGCCUUCCCCUGUUUUGAUGAGCCAAUCUAUAAAGCCACAUUCAAAAUCAGCAUUAAGCAUCAGACUUCCUAUCUUUCCUUGUCGAAUAUGCCAGUGGAGACAUCUGUUUUUGAAGAGGGUGGAUGGGUUACUGAUCAUUUUUCACAGACUCCUUUAAUGUCAACCUAUUACCUUGCCUGGGCAGUAUGCAAUUUCACCUAUCGAGAAGCUAUCACAAGGAACGGUGUUGUAGUGAGAUUAUAUGCACGCCCAGAUGCAAUUAGAAGAGGAUCUGGAGACUAUUCCCUUAACAUUACAAAAAGACUACUAGAAUUUUAUGAAGAUUAUUUUAAGGUUCCUUACUCUUUGCCAAAAUUAGAUUUAUUAGCUGUACCUAAACAUCCAUAUGCUGCUAUGGAAAACUGGGGUCUUAGUGUGUUUGUGGAGCAAAGAAUACUUCUUGAUGCAAGCAUUUCUUCAAUUUCCUAUUUACUUGAUGUCACUAUGGUUAUUGUGCACGAGAUCUGUCAUCAGUGGUUUGGAGAUCUGGUCACACCAGUAUGGUGGGAAGAUGUGUGGUUAAAAGAAGGUCUUGCUCAUUAUUUUGAAUUUGUUGGUACAGACUACCUCUAUCCGGGAUGGAAUAUGGAAAAGCAGAGGUUUUUGACAGAUGUCUUACAUGAGGUGAUGCUUUUAGAUGGAUUAGCCAGCUCACAUCCAGUUUCUCAAGAGGUUCUGAAGGCUACAGACAUUGAUAGAGUAUUUGAUUGGAUUGCAUAUAAAAAGGGGGCAGCCUUAAUUCGAAUGCUGGCUAAUUUUAUGGGUCAUAAAGUAUUUCAGAGAGGAUUACAAGACUACUUAACGACUCACAAGUAUGGGAAUGCAGCAAGAAAUGAUUUGUGGAACACACUCUCCAAGGCCCUGAAGAAUGAAGGUAAAUCUGUGAAUAUCCAGCGAGUGAUGGACCAGUGGACACUUCAGAUGGGCUAUCCUGUGAUAACCAUCCUAAGGAAUGAAACAGUAGAGGAUGGAAUAACAAUUACUCAGGAACACUUCUUAUACAAUAUGGAUGCAACUAUCAGAGACUCAGAGCUCACAAAUAAGAGCUACCUGUGGCAUGUUCCAUUAACAAUUGCAGUGGGAAAUACAAGUCAUAUCUCACCGCAGACAAUUAUAUGGGUGUCUAACAAAUCAGAGUAUCAUCGAAUUCCCACACUAGAUGAAAGUGAUUGGGUGUUGGGGAAUAUUGAUCAAAUUGGCUACUUCAGGGUUAAUUAUGAUGUCAAGAACUGGGGUUUACUGAUCGACCAACUAAUGAGGAACUCUGAGGUCAUUUCUGUCAGUAAUCGAGCAGGACUGAUCGAUGAUGCUUUCAAUCUGGCAAGAGCUGGAUAUUUGUCUCAAAAUAUUCCUUUGGAGAUUCUGAGAUACCUUUCUGAAGAGAAGGAUUUUCUUCCAUGGCAUGCAGCAAGCCGAGCACUUUAUCCUCUAGAUAAAUUGCUGGACCGAACUGAGGACUACAGUAUAUUCAGUGAGUACAUAUUAAAGCAAGUAGCGACAAUGUAUUUCCGCCUUGGAUGGCCAUCUAAUGGACACAAUGGAUCAGUAAUCCAGACUUCCUACCAGACUGAAGAACUCAGACGUGAAGUUAUUAUGUUGGCUUGCAGUUUUGGCAACAAGCAGUGUCAUCAGAAAGCAGCAACAAUGAUCUCAGAUUGGAUUUCCAGCAACAGGAACCGUAUUCCACCAAAUGUGCGAGACAUUGUCUAUUGCACAGGAGUUUCCCUAAUGGAUGAAGAUGUAUGGGAAUUCAUUUGGAUGAAAUUUCAUUCCUCCACAGCUGUGUCAGAAAAGAAAAUAUUAUUGGAAGCGCUGACUUGCAGUGACAACAGAAACUUGUUGAAUAGGCUUCUCAACUUAUCAUUGAAUUCAGAAGUAGUAUUGGAUCAAGAUGCGAUUGAUGUUAUUAUUCAUGUGGCAAGAAACCCCCAUGGAAGGGAUUUGGCAUGGAAAUUCUUCAGAGACAAAUGGAAGAUUUUGAAUGCAAGAUAUGGAGAAGCAUUGUUUAUGAAUUCCAAGCUUAUUAGUGGAGUAACAGAGUUUCUAAACACUGAAGAAGAACUGAACGAGCUUAAAACUUUUAUACAGCAACACAAGGAGGGAUCAUCUGUGGCAUCUCUAAUCCGGGCGGUGGAGACUGUAGAUGCUAAUGUUCGAUGGCAAUUAUUGUACAAGGAAGAACUAUUUCAGUGGUUAAGAAAAUCAUUGAAACACUGAAUUUUGAAAUAAAAGAGAACAAUCCAAUUUAUCAUCUGACUUUUCAUGGGAAGAGACCAGAAUGCAUGCUGUAAAAUUAUUGAAAACAGCAAAGAUGGGGCAAAAAAUGCCCUUCUCUAUUUUUGCAGUCGGCUCUUUUUCAAACCAGAAGAAACUUUUUCAAGAGAAGUCAUAGCAACUGACAAUUCAGUCCCCAAAUUCUAUUGUAUAGGGCAUGUUGAUGUUACUACAUAUUUUUCAAGUUAUAUUUUGUGCAUGGUUGUAGUGUCUGCUUGUGUAUCCCAGCAUGCUUUAUUUUAAUGUCCUAGUUUUGUAUUUGAACUGCUGUUACAUCGAGUGGGCAUUAUGCAAAAGCACAAUGACUAACUAUGACAAUCAUUGCAGAACUGAAAUUCUAAGAGUGGUAACUACAUUCAAAAAUUAUGUCAAGUUGAAAUUCUAGCUAAGCAUACCCUAACCUGUACAUGUAAUUCCACAAAAUGGAUUGUCCGUCAUUGAUUGUCAUUUCUGUUAAAAUGGCAACAAAUAUUUUGAGAGUUAAACAAUGUAAUAUAUACAUGCAUAUUAAAUUGAUUUCUAUUGCUUUUCUA